AGAGGUUUUCUGCACACGCCCGGGAGCCGAAGGACCAGGUUGGAGUGGAGGAGCGGAAAUGUCUACCCUAGGCUGUUGGCGCCACUGGUCACUGGGGGUGGUGUGGGUGUGCUAGCUAGUACGUGGGCUGUGCCUCGCCGGCCGUCGGACCCACGGCUGUGCCUACGGUGCGGUGAGCUUGCCUUCUUGAAUCUCUACCCUUUUUGGAGACGACACUAGGUGGCCGAGUCCAGGUCCCUGGCAUUUUGACUCUGUUCCUGUGGAUAGUGGCUUGUUCUGAAGUUCCAGGAAGGAUCCUGCUCCCAAACAGGUCCCUGAGUACUGACUGUCACAGGCUGCUGCAUCUUUCCUGUUGACUCAUGUUUGGUUGCUCCACUGAAAAUUUUACUUAGAGAAAUGCUGCCUCCAAAGUACUUGUCUGCCAGCAAGCCCAAGAAGUCUCGGGCCCCAGAUCUGUAUGAGCUAGACAGUGACUUGACUAAGGACCCGGAUGCCGUCGUAGGAGAAGGUGCAACUGACUCUGAAUUCUUUCAUCAGAGGUUUCGGAACUUCCUCUACGUGGAAUUUGUUGGGCCUCGGAAGACCCUGAUCAAACUCCGAAACCUCUGCCUCGAUUGGUUACAACCAGAGACUCACACCAAAGAGGAGAUUGUGGAGCUCUUGGUCCUUGAGCAGUACCUGACCAUCCUCCCAGAAAGGAUCAAGCCUUGGGUGCGAGCAAAACGGCCCCAGAGCUGUGAAAAGCUUGUGACCCUGCUGGAGAGAUACAAGGAAAUGUAUGAGCCAGAAGACAACAACAGUGACAUCCACAGUGAAGACAGCAUGAGCCGGAAGGGAGCGGAAUCCCCCCCACCACGCUCCGCCUAUUUCUACAGGAACCGGGACAGGGAUUGGGACCAGGACUGGCAUCGUGACCGAGAUCGGGAUUGGGAUUGUGACCGAGACCGGGACUGGGAUCGUAACUGGGACAGGGACUGGGAGCGAGAGCGAGACCGGCUGCGGGACUGGGACCGGAGGGGCAGAAGCAGGGACCUGGAGUUUCGAGAGCGCUGGCCAUACACCAGGAGUCCCAGAAGGAGAUUUCCUCAGCGGGAUCUUUCCCUUCCUGUGAUGGAGAAAACAACUUUUGCAAUGGAAAGAGGACACAGACGUAGAAACCUCAUGAUGGAAUAUGAGUCGCAGUCCCAGGAUACAGGGUCAUACCAGGACGUUUUGGACCUCACUGAGGACAGGAAGCUUCAGAACCCAAUUCAGGACAACAUGGAAAACUACAAGAAGCUGCUUUCACUGGGGGUUCAGCUUGCCGAAGACGAUGGCCACUCCCACAUGACACAAAGCCAUUCAAGGUCAAAGAGAAGUGGCUACCCAAGCACCAGUCGAGGUCUGAAAACCAUGCCCGAAACCAAAAAGUCAACCCUUCGCCGGGGAAUUUGUGAAGAUGAAUCUUCCCAUGGAGUGAUAAUGGAAAAAUUCAUCAAUAAUGUUUCACGAAACUCCAAAUCUGGAAGGGCAAGGGACUCUAAUGAUCGAUCACUGAGGUUCCCCGCAAGGCCAGACCAUGAUUGGAAAGAAGUUUCCUUCAACAAGAGGGAGUCAUUGAUUCAGGAGAGGGGCUGUGAAGGGAAUGCUUCUGGGGGAGGCUUUAAUUGUGACUCAGACCAUGUUUCCAAAAAGAGAAUUCUUGAAAGGAAAAGGCGCUAUCAAUUUGACACAGAUGGGAAUGAUUCCAUUCAUGAUCAGAGAGGUGGUCCAAGGAAAAGACCCUUUGAAUGUAGUGACAUGAGAAAAUCCUUGAGCAUGACCAGCCUUAGUUCCUCCUCCUUCAUUGAGUCGCAGCUGCAUGAUUUUGGGGCAAUGCCUUAUUUGUGUGAUGAGUGUGGGAGGGCUUUCAGUGUGAUUUCUGAGUUUGUUGAACAUCAGAUCAUGCACACUAGAGAGAAUCUCUAUGAGUAUGGUGAAUCCUUUAUUCAUAGUGUGGCGGUCAGUGAGGUUCGGAAAAGUCAGGCUCGAGGGAAGCGUUUUGAAUGUAAGGAGUGUGGGGAAACCUUCAAUAAGAGUGGCACUCUUGCUGAACAUCGGAAAAGUCACUCUAGAGAGUAUUUCACAGAAUGUAAUGAUGAGGGAUAUGAGGAGCCCUUCAUGCCUAGCCCCACUUUCCGUGAGCUUCAGAAAAUAUAUGGGAAAGAUAAAUUCUAUGAGUGUAAGGUGUGUAAGAAAACCUUCCUUCAUAGUUCUGCCCUAAUUGAACACCAGAAGAAAACUCAUGGGUUAGAUGACAAAGAUGAUGAACAUGGGGAAACCUUUAAGCCCAGCCCAACCUUUAAGGAGCUUCAGAAAAUAUAUGCUAAAGAGAAAAUGUACGAAUGUAAGGUGUGUGGGGAGACCUUCCGUCACAGCUCAUCUCUGAAAGAACAUCAGAAGAUUCACACUAGAGCAAACUUAUUUGAAAAGAAGAGUAAACUGUGUGAGGAAACCUUUAUUCCAGGUCAGUCCCUUAAAAGACGGCAGAAAACUUGCUCAGAGGAGAAGCUCUAUGACUUUAAAGAUGGUGGGGGUGCCUUUAGGCAAAGCUCAGACCUCAGUGAAAAUCACAAGAUUUAUUCUCGAAAGAAUCUCUAUGAAAGCAGAGGCUAUGGGAAGUCUGUCAUUCAUAAUGUGCCCUUCACUGAAUCUCAGAAGAGUCAUACUAUAACAAGACCACCUGAAAAUGAAGACGAGAAGGCAUUCACCAUUAGCUAUAACCCCGAUGACAACCAGAAAUUUCCCACUAAAGAAAAUGUCUAUGAGAGGAAACCAAAUGAGAGGUCUGUUAUUCAUAGCUUAGCCUCUGCUGAAACUCAGGAAAGUCACAGUGUAGUGGGGCCCAGUAAGCUGAAAGUGGUUGCAGACUCUACCAUUCAGAGCUCAAGUGUUAUCGAACAUCAGGAAGUCCAUGCUGGAGAGAAGACCUCUGAAGGACAGAAAUACGAGAGAUCUGUCAUUCAUAGCUUAGCCACUUUCAAACGUCCCAAAAGUCUCAAUGGAAGUGAAUGUAAUGAGAAGGGAAAGUCCUCCACUUAUAUCUCAGAUCUUCAUGAUAAACAACAGAAAACUCCUGCCAGAGUGAGCCCUUAUGAAGAGGGUAAAAAUAACUCUGUUAUACGCAGUGCAUCCCAUACUGAACCUCCAAAAAGUCUUACUGGAGAGGGAACCAGUGAGUUUAAGAAGGAUGACCAGUCAUUUGUUUCCAGCUCAAAUGCCCAUGAACAUCAGAAGGCUCAUGCUAAGAAGAAAAACACUGAGCGUAGGAACUGCGAGACCUCAGUAAUUCACUCCCUACAUUUUGGUGAACCUGAAACAUUUCGCCCUGGAGAGAAAUGCUAUGAAUGUCCAGAGUGUGGAGAGUCCUUUGUUCGUAGCUCUGACCUCACUGAGCAUCAGAAGAUUCACCAUAGAAAGAAGCUUUCUGGAAGCCAAAACUAUGAACGAUCUGUUAUUCGAAGUUUAGCUUCCACUGACCCCCAAAAGAGUUAUGCUGAACAGCCAGUGCAGGCUAGUUAUCCUCAACAGUCAGUGGUGAUUACUUAUGCUCAACAGCCUGCACAAACAGGUUAUGCUGAACAGCCAGUGCAGACAGGUUAUGCUCAACAGCCAGCACAGACAAGUGAUGCUCAACAGCCAGUGCAGCAAGAAUGUAAGGACUGUGGGCAACACUUUGCUACCAUUGAAGACCUUGGUGCACAUCAGAAAAUCUAUGCCCAAGAGAAAUUCCAUAGGGGGAAGCUAUUUGGAGACUCUGUAGGCCUUGAUGGGCCUGGGCAGGAUGAGGAGGAUAAGCAGGACGAGGAUGAGCAGGAUGAUUCUGAGGACACAAUCUAUGGAUGUAAGGACUGUGGGCUGGGCUUUGCAGAUCGUGCAGACCUUAAGGACCAUCAGAAAGUUCAUAAUAGAGAGUAUCUCACUGACACUCGUGAAUAUACGCAUUCUGUAAUUCAUACUCAUUCAGUCAGUGAAUAUCAGAGAGAUAACACUGGAGAGCAGCUCUAUGAAUGCCCGGCAUGUGGGGAGUCUUUUGUUCACAGCUCAUUUCUUUUUGAGCAUCAGAAAGUUCAUGAGCAAGAUCCAUUUUAUGGACAGAGGAGGUAUGAUGAGCCUUUCAUGCAACCUCUGGUCAUUAACCCACAGAGGUUUCAUGACCCACAGAAGAAUCCUUCUACAGCAAUGUUUCUUCAGUGCCAACUGUGUGGACAAGACUUCAUUCAUGGCUCUGUCUUUAAUGAACAUCUGGCACUUCAUAUGGGAGAGGAUUCACUGGAACAGGGCCAAAGAAGUAGAGAUGCUGUUAGUCCAGGCUUAUCCCUCCCUGAGUCACAGAGAAGUCAGGCUGAAGAGCACUAUGAAUGUGAAACAUGUGGAGAAUCCUUCCUCACUCAGUCAGACCUGAGGGAUCACAUGAGAAUUCAUGAGAAAGAUGAGCCCUAUGAUUAUGGGGCUUCCUUCGUUCACACUUCAUUUCUUACUGAGCCUCCCAAAAGAGACUCACCAUUCUAUGAGUGCAAGGACUGUGGGAAGUCCUUUAUUCAUAACACAGUUCUCACUAAACAUCAGAAGCUUCAUCUUGAAGAGGAAGAAGCAGCAGCCCAGGAAGUUGAAGCCAAUGUACUUGUUCCACGGGAAGUUCUGCGGAUCCAGGGGUCAAAUGUGGAAGCUGCUGAGCCAGAGGUAGAGGCUGCUGAGCCGGAGGUGGAAGUCGCUGAGCCCAAUGUGGAAGCUGCUGAGCCCAAUGGGGAGGCCGAAGGGCCAGAUGGGGAGGCUGCAGAGCCCAAUGGGGAAGCCGAGCAACCCAAUGGAGAGGCCGAGCAGCCUAACGGGGAUGCUGAUGAACCAGAUGGGGUGGGGAUUGAAGACCCAGAAGAGAGAGCAGAAGAGCCAGAGGGAAAGGCUGAGGAGGCAGAGGGAGAUGCUGAUGAGCCAGAUGGUGCAGGAAUUGAAGACCCAGAAGAAGAAGGUGAAGAUCAAGAGAUUGAAGUGGAAGAACCGUACUAUGACUGCAGGGAAUGUGGAGAAACUUUCACUUCCAACUCAGCCUAUGGUGAGCACCUGAAGACCCAUGCCAGGGUGAUCAUAUUUGAGGCCGGAAAUGUCUAUGGGGAAAGCUCACACUACACUGGACAUGCCAGCACCAGUGCUAGUGACCACGAUAGGGCUGAUGACAAGUACUUCAAAUGUGAUGUCUGUGGGCAGCUCUUUGGUGACCGCCUAUCUCUUGCUAGACACCAGAAUAACCAUACUGGCUGAGAACACAAGUGUAAAGAUUGGAAAACCUUUACUUGGAACUUAAACCUCACAGAGAAUUCAAACCAAUUCAUAAUAAUGUCAGAAGGAAAUUUACCUUGGCUUUUAACAUCAAACAACUUGGACUGGAAAGGAACUGAAGGUGGUAGAGGUUCCACCGGCCUUAACUGUCCCCAUCAAACAACAGUGUGCAUGUGGGGAAACCACAGCACAUACCUUUCAUCCGAGUAGUCAGAUUGAGGGAAAGCCGAGGAGAUUCUGAGACUACAGAAAUAGCCCCAGCCACCAGUAAAUGACACUUCUGUAACCUAUACAUAAUUUUCCUGGGAUGUAUAAAAAAUAGCAAAUCAUAGCAAAAGCGUGAUCACAAAUAUUUGGAUUUAAUAUGAUACGUAGUUAGAGUUUACUGUGCAGAAUUACCUGGAAUGCUUUGAUUUGGCAGGGAGCGGAGAGGAGGAAAUGAGCAACGAAUUAGAAUAUAUUUGUAAGCCUCUUAGAUCCUGUGAAAGAUUUAUUGUGCUUUAUUUUAACCCCUUCAGUAUAUUUUUGAGUAAUUGUGUGUUAUUCCUUACUCUAAGUGUUCCUGUAAGGGUGUAGGCAGGGAAGAUAAAAUUUCUUUUACUCUGUGCUGUUUGAAAAGAGAAGUGCUUUGAUCUUCAUUUUCAACCAUCUGUCUACACCAACACUUUGGAGCCUAAUGCUGUCCUAAGCCUUUGAAUUAUGUGGAUUGACCCAAGUUGAUCCCUUGCUACAUUGUACCUUGAAGUGAUUUUCUUGCAAACUUUUUAACCAACUUAAUGUGUGUUCAAUAGUGAAUUCACAAAAACCGAAGCUUUUCCCUGUAAAUGUUGCUUCUUUGCCUUUAAAAGAGUGGGUUGCAACCUGUUACUGGAUCAAGGCAGUUCCUAGUGAAAGUUGAGAACCAUAGGAGGAGGCCCUCAUGGUGUAAAUAAGGAUGCAGGUAACAACUUUCAUCACUUCUGUGUGCGCUUCCUGCCUUAAGUGAUCAGUAAGUAGCAGUGUGGCUUCCUUAGAAUGUACUGCCACAAGUCAGUUCGCACCUGGGUGCCCAGGAGCUAGUAUCCUUAGAUCUUUCUAUUGCUGAACUUAUUCUUGUCCUCACUUCUCGGACCCUCAACCCUAUGUCUAACUUGCAUAUUUUUAAAGCCUAAUUUACAGUCAGCCCAAGCUUAACAUGGACUCAGGUUCCCCAGCAGCCUUAAUUUGUUUUGUUAUUAUCUGUUCCUUCCUCUUUCAGCCUUCCUAAGUACUUCUGAGCUAUCCAUCAGUGUUGUGUUGGUCUGAUUGCCUUAGUUUUCCAUUAAUUACAGAUUGGCCUCAUAGCUUGUGGUUUCCUGUAUCUUGUCAUGUGGAUUACCUGUGUUCCUUUUGCUUCCCCUCACAUGACUAUUGAGACAUUUUUGGGCUUUAAGUUGGCUGGAAAAAAUUUUCAAAAAUUAAAAAUCAAGGUAAAGUGGAUCUGUAGAAGAAGUGAGCAAAAACGCAGAUAAUUUGGGCAAGAAAAUUAAAAUACUUUCUUGGGGAAUGUGCCCAAUCUCACUCUCCUAGAUCUGUACUAUUAGGUCUCAAGGAGAGUGUCAGAGCUGCUGGGAACGCCAAAGUACUGGGGGAUUUUGGACUGAGCACAGAGAAGAACUGAGUAAGCCAAAGGGAGUCCCAACACAGCAGCAGACCAAGGAGAGUGAGAAAGCAGACAAAAGAAAUGUCAGGAACAGAUUGGAAGGACAUGUCAAUGAGACUAUGUCCUGGGCGGUUUAGAAGGGGCCAUUUUGAUGGUGUGGUGUAGGUGAAGGCCAGCUGCAUCGAGAGACCGGUUAAAAUGGACAUCCGAGAAAACAAGCAGUGAGGCGCUACCUCACAAGAGGGCUGUUAAGUCGAGAGCUAUUGCUGAUGCUGGGGUGAACUUGGGUUCCUCACUGCUGGCAGAAUUAACUGGUAGGAACUUUUCAGAAAACUUGCCAAAUGUCAGGGUGUUCGUUUCAAUCUUGUGUCCGUGCAAAAUUAGGAGCAAGUUAAAUGCCAAACAAUAGAAUGAUUAAGUGAACAUAUCUGUGAUUCUUACGCAGCUGUUUAAAAAUGAUAAUCAUGAAGAGUUAUGUAGUAACGUGGAAAUAUAUUUACAGAAUAUUAAGUGGAAAGAGCAGGACACAAUUAUAUUUAUACUGCAAUUAUAACUGUUUUAAAAUGUAUGCUGAUAGUCAACAGCUGUUGUGUUGUAGGCUUAUAGUUGAGCAUUAUUUUCUUAAAUUUCUUGAAUUCCUUAUGGUAGUGUUACUAAAAAGCUUAUAGUCAUGUCUCCAUUGUGAACAUAAUUUGAACUCGUUAUCAAACACUUGGAAAAUAAAAGUGGAGGGAAAAAACCUCAUUCUCACCAUCCAAAGACAUACACUCUUCAGUAUAUUGUUUCUUGUUUCUGUGCACAGGUUUAUGAUUACAACUGUCAAAACGUGUAUUCAAAAUAGAUGUUAUGUUAUCUUUGUAGAACUAUGGUUAAACACUUCCAUCUUAACGUUCCUUAUUAAUAGUGUUCUGAUAACUAAAGUUUAUUAUGUGUGUUUCCGUUACAAGUUCAGUACA